AUGGCGCUGGAGAGCUCGCGCAGAGUGGCGACAAAGAGGAACGGGAGCCGGUUCAACCUCCCAACGUUCCUGCACAAGUCCUCCUCGUUCGAAUUGGCGCCAGACACAGACUGCGACUCCCCCGUCUUUCCCGCGCCUCGGUUCACAUCUCCUUUGCGCCAGCCCCAGCAGAUCAUCGAGGAAGAAGAGGACGAGGACGGCUGCUGGUUGCCCGAGUUGGCCGAGCCGGAGGAGGUCAAGCUGUUCAGGAGCCAGGAGGUCAUGCUGGCCAAGGGCGCCCAGGUGGUGGAGGAGAGUGGGGAGAAGGAGCGCAGCCGAUCGUUCGACGUUGUGGACCUCCUGAGCUCGCCCAGACACAAGCUCGCAGAGGCAGCCCAGCUGCCCAGGAGGCUGUCUCUCACCUACGGCCCCGGCGAACUGAGCAAGGCGCUACAGGCGCUGAUGAGCCUCCAAAGCGACGGCGAUGGAGACAGCAGCGAGGGCGAGGAUUGUGUGAAGAAGGAGAAGAGGAGGUCAAAGAAGGCGCCAUCACAACCCAGGCGGAGCUUCCUGUCCCUGCUUCGGCGCAGGGCAGCAAGCGACAAGGGCACCCACUAG